AUAAUCAGGAGGUUUCCCCGGGACCCUCCGAGGUCCUCCCCCCCAUUUAACGGACAAGGACGAGGUCUGGUUCCUCCGAGGUUGUCAUUGCUCUGCUGUCCUGCUACCGGACGUCAAGACCAAGAAAGCCCUGAAGAAUUCAACCGCAACUUCUGAAAUAAGAAAAGUUUGCAGGAUGUCCCGGCAGCAGCAAGCAGUGGUCCGUGCCAGGAAGGCCUUCGAAACCGGCCGCUCCAGACCUUUAGAGUACCGGAUUCACCAGCUCAAGAACCUACAGAGGCUGUUAAACGAGAGAAGGAAAGAGAUUGUAGAUGCUCUCAAGAAAGACCUCAAGAGGAGCGACGAGUCCAGCCAGCUCUUUGAGCUUGUGACCGUGGAGGCUGAGAUCAACCUAAUGCUCAAGAAUCUGAAGGAGUGGGCAUCCGCUCGGCCGGCGUCGAAGACCUUGGUCACCCUCGCGGACACCGUCUACAUCCAGCCGGAGCCGCUGGGCGUGGUGCUGAUCAUCGGGGCCUGGAACUACCCCUGGGCUGUCACCAUCCAGCCGCUAAUUGGAGCCAUCGCUGCCGGUAAUGCAGCUGUGGUGAAGCCCUCUGAGGUCUGUGUUCACACCGCUAAAGUCAUGGAGGAGCUGCUGCCAGUUUACCUCGACAAAGAGCUUUAUCCUGUAGUAACCGGAGGAGUGCCAGAGACGCAGGAGCUGCUGCGCCAGAAGUACGAUCAUAUCUUCUACACUGGAAACUCCACGGUGGGCAAAAUCAUCAUGGAGGCUGCUGCCAAACACCUGACACCUGUCACGCUGGAGCUGGGCGGCAAGAGCCCCUGCUACAUCGACAAGAACUGUGACAUAAGCAUGGCCUGCAGGAGAAUCACCUGGGGGAAGUACAGUAACUGUGGACAGACCUGCAUCGCCCCAGACUACAUCCUCUGUGAGCCCAGCAUCCAGGACCGGGUCAUCGAAGAGGUCAAGAAGUCCAUUAAGGAGUUCUACACAGACAACCCAAAGACCUGCCCUGACUACGCGCGCAUCAUCAACCAGCGCCACUUCAAGAGGAUCAUGAACAUGAUGGAAGGCAGCAAAAUCGCUGUGGGAGGAGACAAUGACGAGUCAGACUGCUACAUAGCUCCCACAGUUCUGCGUGACGUCAAGCCGGAGGCAAAGGUGAUGCAGGACGAGAUAUUCGGACCUCUUCUUCCCAUCGUGCUGGUCAGCGGCCUGGAUGAGGCCAUCACUUUUAUAAACAAGAGAGAGAAACCUCUGGCACUCUACAUCUUCGCACAAGAUGACAAGAUGAUUAAGAAAAUGAGAGAUCAGACCUCCAGUGGAGGACUGGUGGCCAACGACUGCCUGCAACAUUUUGCUAUAAGCAGUCUGCCAUUUGGAGGCGUGGGAAACAGCGGUAUGGGCGCCUACCACGGCAAGUUCAGCUUUGACCAGCUGAGCCACCUGCGCGGUUGUCUCAUCAAAAAGCUGAAUAAUGAGGCCAUGAACAGCAUGCGCUACCCACCUCACACCCCCAAGAAACUGGACUGGGUGCGCUUCUUCGUCCUGAAGGCUACAGGCAUGGGCUGGAUGAAGCCUGUCAUGCUCUUGGCUCUGCUGGCUAUGGUGACGGCUGUUGUUCUGCAGAUGUCGGAUGUAGCUGGAUUCACCUAUGAGUGAGUGAAGACAUGGUGCUGCUUCCCAUACAGAACCGCAACAGACCAGAGAACAGAAAGACAUCCCUUAAAAUACAACACAAAUCCAAUUGGCAGUGAUACAGGCCACUUAAUUUAAACGGUGUGAAGGAGCUCUCUGUGGGCAGCGACUGUUUUCAUGAAGGAAAACGUGUUGCUUUUUUAUUUGUACUCAGCAUCACUACAUUCUAUUUUAUAACAUUGUAUGAAAUGCUAAACUUUAUUGUGAGCUGUUUUAAUUAAGUUAAAUGCAUGUCCACUUUGCCGACAUGAAAGGAGCAACAAACAUUAAUGUGAAGCACCAGAAAGUUGAAGUUAACCCCCCUAUAAUGGUGAAUCUGGUUUUUUACCCUCAUUAACUUGACGUAUUUGAACAUUUCGGCCGUUUAACUGUUACGAUGAAAAUGUUCCCCGUGCCUCUGAGACUUCAGUGUUUGGUCCAAGCGUUUCAGGCUUUCAGUUCAUUUUAGCUCACGAGACUCGAACAGAAUGCACUCAUUAUUUUUUAAUUUGACUGUGAUUUAAUAAUUUAAACCCCCCCAUUAAAGUUUGUAAUUGGUAAUUGAAUCCAUAUGAAUAUAUUUUGCAUAUAUAUUCAAAUAAAUAUAGAAUUUGGAACAUA